CUUCCCGCCAGGCUUGAAUUGUCAACAUUGUCGUGGCUGCCUCGGCUCUCAGAGUCUCCAGUGUAUAAUUUUCUUUAUAGUCAGUUACAAUGGCUCUCAACGCACGGCAGCUUCGGUUCGCCACAGAUGAGGAGGCCCCGCAAGAAAAUCGUAAAUGUCUUGGGGUCCUCGAUUGCAACAAGCAGAAUCAGUCUCGUCUCGUGGUCUCCUCAAGUGGAAGUCUGAAACUCCAUACAUCUAAGGGCAAGAAGAGGAAAAGUGAUGAGAACAACGAUAUUGCAAAUCCAAAACGCAAGACUAAAAUUUAUGAAGACCCUUUACCUGUUGUCAAGAAGAAGACUUUUUCGACAGUCUCUGUUCAGACAGAUGAGGCACCCAAUGCCACGAUAAUCCCAGACAAGUUAAAGCCCUCAUCGUCCGUAACCGAUUUGGCCACAAAUUCAUCACAGGUUAACAAAACUAUUAACAUGUUAACUAGUGAUACUGCUCCUCCUGAAUACUGGGAAGGACUAGCAGAGAAGAGACGAGUUGCACUAGAAAAGACCUUAAUUGAAAAUCAUGACCUUCACGAGGAAAAUAGCUGUCUUCGACAAGAGGUGGUAGAAUUGAAAAAAGAAAAUGCACUGUUAGAGGAGAUGGUUGAUCAAGCAAAAGAUCUUGCACUCUUAGUAGAGUCAAUUACAGGUGAGAUAGAGCCUGGGGAACACAAAGUUGGAGAAAGAAAAAUGGAACAAGUUUAGUGUGCCGCUAAAUUUUUUGAUGGAGCAUGUAACUGCUAGGAGAGAAGAUUUUGCUCAUUGACACCAGUUACUACUCGUAUCACUUUAAAUGGAGAUUUUUUCACUACUUUUCUGGCUGUGUAAGUUUGUGUCAUUUACAAAUGAACACAUUAUGAAUGGCUAAGGGUUUUAUUUAAAUUAUGAUUAUACAGUAGUUACAGAUUUUCAUGACACCUUUCAAGUUUAUCUUUGCAAUAUGGAAUAAGAUUUCUUAACCAAAGAUAUUUUGAUGGAUAUUUUUGUACACGAGCAAAUUUGACAAACCUUAUGUAAUAAAUUUUAAUUAUUUCUUUGCCUGUUUUUACCCCAUCCAAAAUGUUGUAUUCAUUGUUCAGGUAGAAUAUUAAAAUGAUUUCUCUAAAGUCUUUUGCUGUUAUAUUUAACAUUUUUUGUACCAGAUACUAUUGAAACCUGUAGGUAAAAACUAUUUGUAUAAAAUAGGAACUUUAUGAAAUGAUUAAAGCAUGAUGUCAAUGCACGACUUCUGCCAAAGCCAGGCGUGAAGGUACAUUUUUUUAUACAUACACUGAAGAACAAUACUAUAAUAUGAAGUCAGGUUCUGUACUUGAUUAACAAGUAUUUAUAUAAUUAGUAGCUAAAGCAGCAGUUGGUGUAAUGUUGGUAGUUUAAAACUGGAUUUUAUAAUUUGAGGUGGUGUUGAAGUUGGUUGCAAGCUCUUGUGAAUUUAUCAAAUUACUUUUUUCAAUUUUUGUACCCAUUGAAAUGUAAUUUUUUGUGAAUAAAUGAAUUUAACGUGA